UACACUAGGCUAUUAGAUUUUUCAUAUAGCCUAGCUUCUCUAAUCAAUAAAUAAAUAAAUAAAUGAAUUAAACGAUGCUUCAAGGUUCAGGGGCAUCGUUCAUGUUUGGCUUGGCAGUUGGGUCGAUCCCAAUGAUGUCAAUGGCCGUGUUUGGUUCUGCUAAUAAUUGCUUCGAAAAGCCGAGGCCGUCGCCAACGGGUGGUGUUGUUGCUGGUGGAGGAGAAAUUGCUUGUAGCAGUACUAGUACUAGUACAAGUACUGCUACUUCAAGAUCAAUUGGUAGUAGAAGAAGAAUGGGUACUAAUAAUGUUGAUGGUGGCAGGGGAAAAACUUGCCCUAGUGUUAUGCUUGUUAAGGAAAUACUUCCAUCACUUAUUCUACGCUAGUUGAGGUGCGUACAAGCUGG